AUGGCCAACCCCCGUGUCGAGGAGCUCCCGGACGACGAGACCAAGAAUGUCCAGGUCGAGGAGCAGGAGGAGGAGGAUGACAGCUCUGCCGAGUCGGAGAUCGAGGUUGCCCCCCCCGCCGGCUCCACCACGGUCGUCCACUCCCGCAACGAGAAGAAGGCCCGGAAAGCCCUGGAGAAGCUGCACCUGAUCCGCGUUGAGGGCAUCACCCGUGUGACCCUCCGCCGGCCCAAGAACGUCCUCUUCGUGAUCAACAACCCGGAGGUGUACAAGUCCCCUAACAGCGGCACCUACAUUGUCUUCGGUGAGGCCAAGGUGGAGGACCUCAACGCCACGGCCCAGGCCGCGGCUGCCCAGCAGCUGGCCAGCCACGAUCACGACCACGACCACGCUGGCCACGACCACGACCACGACCACGAUCAUGACCACGAUCACGGCGCCGAGGGUGGCGACGAGAAGAAGGAGGAGGAGGAGGAGGAUGAGGAGGAAGAGGUCGAUGCCACCGGCAUCGAGGACAAGGACAUUGAGCUGGUCCAGACCCAGGCCGGUGUGUCCCGCAACAAGGCCAUCAAGGCUUUGAAAGAAAACGACAAUGACAUUGUCAACUCGAUCAUGUCGCUGAGCGUCUAG